UAAUAACUUUAGGGGCUAAUGAUAGUCAAUCCAUAGGUACUACUAAUUCAUCUUUCUUUAGUGAAUCCAAUACUACUACUGGUACUACCAAUAAUAGUACUGAUACAAGUUUGAAUAAGCUGAUGCUGUUAAAUUUUUGGCAGUCAAAUUCUGAUAAUGAAAAUUCAACUACUACUGGUGGUGGUGGGAAUAAUUUCAACUCUUAUUCUAAUAAUAAUAAUAUUUUACCAUCGAAUAAUUCUUCCUUACUUCAUAAGUCUUAUAGUACUAGUAGUACCUCCAUGGGUAAUUCUAAUCAUAAUGAAUUAAUUAGACAUAAUUCGGAAUCAUUAGGAAAUAGUAAAUCAAGAAAUCAAUCAAUCAUGAAUAUUAAUGCUCCUAGUUAUUAUCCAAGUUAUAAUACUCCUGCCAGUUCCAAUGUUCAAUCAGGUAGUACUACUCAGAGUACUGCUAACUUUCGUAGUUAUUCUAAUCCAUCUCAAAUUAAUGAUUAUGAAACUUCCCCUCUUUCAAGUGCUGCCGUUAUACCUAAUAAGUAUUAUUAUAAUAAUGCCACUACUGUUAAUACCAAUACUAGUAAUAACAUGAGUGGAACUACAACAAGUGGAGGUAAUACGAUCGGUGGUGGUUUAGAUUAUUAUUAUUCGAGUGGUACUGGUACUGGUGCCAACACUAGUACAGGUGGUAAUACAUAUGGUGACACUCAACUGUAUU